AUGAAUCCGAAGUCAAAGAAACGGUUUAAGAAACCUAAAAGGGGUGGUUUUUCAUCAGCAAAUAUUCCUUUGGUGUCUUUGACACUUGAUGAGACGAUUGAUGAUGAUUGUUCUCUUGAAUCAGAAGUCGACACAAAAGUGUUUGAAAAAAGUGCUGAGAGAGAUGUUAUCACCAUAUCCGAUUUGACAGAGAAAUUAAGGGUGAGUGAUCUUUAUAAAAACGCCGAAAAUGUGACAUUCACACUCCCAGUUUCAUCUCUUUUGGUUGAACACUUUUACAAUUGUACAUGUGGUGGGUAUUCACUUCAAAUUUGGAUACACCCAGGCGUUUAUUUGGGACUACCUUUUCCUUACCCAAUAUCCA